GGAGCCGAGAGAGGAGCGUCUGGGGCGCAGAGUGGCAGUGGUCUGGUGCUGAGGGCUCACUGAGCUGAGUGAGGCUCGGAUCUGCACCCCACUUCCCGCGCGCUCUCGUCCAGUUGGCUCUCGCUCAGGAGCUCGACGCGUGGGAUCAGAUAUCAUACUCCGGGAUGCUGCACUCCAGGUCCCCGAGGCGUGGCACUGUCUCGGUCAUCAACCGGAGGUUGUCCUCUUGUGAAUGGCACUAGGUGCUCACACAAACAACAGUGUCUCACCGAAGAGGAAUGGCCCCGAAGCAGGUCUCAGAAGGAGCUCAGUACAGUGGGCGAGCUUACCCUGUGGCUAGUGGUCGCGAGCCUCACAAGUCUGCACCUUGUCGCUUCCGCGUUUGGCAAGGUCUUCUGGGUUCCCUCGUCAGCCCCUGCCGUCCCAGCGAUGCGCUGGCGCGGGGCGAGCGGAGACGAUCUGAUGUUAGACGACCUCGAUGGUCCCUGCUGAUACUGAAGCAAACACAGCCUGGCAGCACUGCAGGAAUGUUUGUUGGCCCCUCGCAACGGACGUCAUCUGCAAGAAGGGUCGCGCUAGACUGAAAGGAAAACGAAGGUCUCAUCAGGGCACAAGAGUCAUACACGGUUCUCCAGUUCGCCUCUCUGGGAAUGAGGUCCGGGGAGAUUUCGUGUGUUCUUGACAAGAAGGGCGGUGCACCCGUGUUCCCCAAGAGUUGGACAUUCCACCCGUGCCCCGUCAGAGGUUCUCAGUCCUGCUCCGACCAGCCAGUUCUGCCCACAGUAGAUCAGAAGGAAUCUUUGUUUCCUCCACUUGAAAGGAGUUCCUGAGCAGCCCACAGAUGCUAGGAGUCUUUCUGUGACUUUCCUCUGCUGCUGAUGUGACUACAUAAGAAGGAUCUGGGUCCCCAACUCACCCUGAAGUCUGAGUGGUCUUCUGGGCACUACACAGUUUACUGUCCCUGCAGCUUCCAGGGACUGCAAGGAAGAUGCUUCUGUGACCAUCUACUGUCUCACUUCCCCACCACUGGCCCCUCUACCCCACUGUUGCCCACAGGUGACAACCUGGGACUCCAGGACAGCCAUGAAAGGAUGAGCAAAGCCCCUGUACCUGACAGCCACUGACACUCUUGCUCCUCUGUUGAUUCCUGCAUCUCUGAGCUGGUAUGGCAGCUGGACUUGGGAACACUGAACAUCUGGGAGCUUGGCCUGUUACUGUGAAGAUGUGUAAUGGCCUAGAGUGCAGGUCUGCUGAGGAAGUCAUGUGAUUCUUCUCAUGCAUUGAUGGGGUUCCCACACCCUGGAGAGGACAGGCCAGCCGAGACCAUCAUGACCAAGGUCCUGGCAACCCUGUAGCCUGACCAGUGCGGGGUGAGCUGGCCUGCAGCUGCUGGCUAUACCCAGAAGUCCCCAGCAUCAUUCCCUGUGAGCUCUUUCUUUUAAGACCUUCCACAGCCAAAACCUGCUUCAAGCCUGUCAACAAGUUGAAUUCCAACCCUCCUGCCAGAAGUUUCAGUGGCCAGAUGAAAACACUGUCCCAAAAGAAACUUAAGUAUCUGUAGGAUUCACUGCUGUAGAACUGUAUCAGGAACCUGAAAGCUCCUCUGUGCAGAAAAGCUUGAAGGCUGUGUGCUCUACAACAGGGCAGCUCCACGCACAGGGACCUCUACUUCCUGUGGCUCAGACACUGGCGAAGACACAGCUGAAGGUCUAAUGUCAGGGAAGGGUGCUGGACAUCACUCCCUUCUGUUGGAAGGGUCCUUACAUCCAUCCACAAAGCGAAACAACCUCUGACACCUGACCUCAGAGGGACUCUGUGCAGAAGGAGCAUGCUGCUGGAGUGAGAGCUGCUGGGAGGCACAAUGUCUCCCUCAAGGUUGUGCUGGCCAUGGGCUGGCUCCUCCUGGUUGACUUCUCAGGGGCUGCAUCUGCAGUGGCAGCUGAAUGUCCUGACCAGAACCCUGACCUGCAGCCUUGGACGCCUGGCCAUGACCGAGACCAUCAAGUACAUAUUGGUCAGGGCAGGAGAUUACUGCUCACCUCUUCUGCCACGGUCCACUCCAUCACCAUCUCACAGGGAGGCAAGCUUGUCAUUAAAGACCACCACGAGCACAUUGUGCUGCGUGCCCGGCAUGUUCUGAUUGAAGACGGUGGAGAGCUGCAUGCUGGAAGUGCCCUCUGCCCUUUUGAGGGCAAUUUCAGCAUUGUGCUGUAUGGAAGGGCUGAUGAAGGCAUCCAGCCGGACCCUUACUAUGGGCUGAAGUACCUCGGAGUGGGCAGAGGAGGCACUCUGGAGUUGCACGGACAGAAAAAGCUUUCCUGGACAUUUCUAAACAAGACCCUUCGUCCUGGCGGCAUGCAGGAGGGAGGAUAUUUUUUUGAAAGGAGCUGGGGCCACCGUGGAGUCAUCGUUCAUGUCAUUGACCCCAAAUCGGGCACCGUUGUCCAUUCCGACCGGUUUGACACCUACAGAUCCAAGAAGGAGAGUGAACGACUGGUCCAGUAUUUGAAUGCGGUGCCUGAUGGCAGGAUCCUUUCUGUCGCAGUGAAUGACGAAGGCUCUAGAAACCUGGAUGACACAGCCCGGAAGGCAAUGACCAAGCUGGGCAGCAAGCACUUCCUGCACCUUGGAUUUAGACACCCUUGGAGCUUCAUCACUGUGAAAGGAAAUCCCGCCUCUUCAGUAGAAGACCACAUAGAAUAUCAUGGUCACAGAGGCUCUGCUGCCGCCCGGGUUUUCAAGCUGUUCCAGACGGAGCAUGGUGAACAUUUCAAUGUUUCUUCAACCAGCGAAUGGGUUCAAGAUGUGGAAUGGACAGAGUGGUUCAACCACGAUAAGGUGUCUCAGAGCAAAGGUGGAGACAAAAUUUCAGAUCUCCGAGCAGCUUACCCAGGAAAAAUCUGCACUCGACCUAUUGACAUACAGGCCACAACAAUGGAUGGAGUUGCCCUCAGCACUGAGGUUGUCUACAAAAAUGGCCAAGAUUACAGGUUUGCUUGCUACAAUCGGGGCCGAGCCUGCCGCAGCUACCGAGUGCGAUUCCUAUGUGGAAAAUCUGUGAGGCCCAAGCUCACGGUCAGCAUCGACACCAACGUAAACAGCACCAUCCUGAGCCUGGUGGACAAUGUGCAAUCCUGGAGGCCUGGAGACACCCUGGUCGUCGCCAGCACGGACUACUCCAUGUACCAGGCAGAAGAGUUCCAAGUGCUCAGCUGCAAAGCAUGUGCCUCUACGCAGGUCAGAGUGGCAGGGAAGCCACAGUACCUACAUAUUGGGGAGGAGAUUGAUGGCGUGGACAUGCGGGCUGAGGUCGGGCUCCUGACUCGGAACAUUGUGGUGAUGGGUGAGAUGGAGGACCAGUGCUACCCCUACAGCAGCCACAUCUGUGACUUCUUUGACUUCGAUACCUUUGGGGGUCACAUCAAGUUUGCUCUGGGAUUUAAAGCAGCCCACUUGGAGGGUGUGGAGCUAAAGUACAUGGGGCAGCAGCUGGUAGGCCAGUACCCAAUUCACUUCCACCUGGCUGGAGAUUUGGAUGAACUGGGAGGCUAUGACCCACCUACGUACAUCAGGGACCUCUCCAUCCACCACACAUUCUCCCGCUGCGUCACUGUCCAUGGCUCCAAUGGCCUGUUGAUCAAGGAUGUUGUGGGCUAUAAUUCUCUGGGCCACUGCUUCUUCACUGAAGAUGGGCCAGAGGAACGCAACACCUUUGACCACUGCCUUGGCCUCCUGGUUAAGUCGGGAACUCUCCUCCCAUCGGAUCGGGACAGCAGGAUGUGCAAAGUGAUCACAGAGGACUCGUACCCAGGGUACAUUCCUAAGCCCAGGCAGGACUGCAAUGCUGUGUCCACUUUCUGGAUGGCCAAUCCCAACAACAACCUCAUCAACUGUGCAGCUGCCGGGUCCGAGGAAACUGGAUUUUGGUUCAUUUUUCACCAUGUGCCGACGGGCCCCUCUGUGGGAAUGUACUCCCCAGGUUAUUCUGAGCACAUUCCACUGGGGAAAUUCCACAACAACCGAGCACAUUCUAACUACCGGGCUGGCAUGAUCAUAGACAAUGGAGUCAAGACAACUGAGGCCUCCGCCAAGGACAAGCGGCCCUUCCUCUCCAUCAUCUCUGCCAGGUACAGCCCUCAUCAGGACGCAGACCCGCUGAAACCCCGGGAGCCGGCCAUCAUCCGCCACUUCACCGCCUACAAGAACCAGGAUCACGGAGCCUGGCUUCGGGGUGGGGAUGUGUGGCUGGACAGCUGCCGGUUUGCUGAUAAUGGCAUCGGCCUGACCCUGGCCAGUGGCGGAACCUUCCCAUAUGACGAUGGCUCCAAGCAGGAGAUAAAGAACAGCUUGUUUGUGGGCGAGAGUGGCAACGUGGGCACAGAAAUGAUGGACAACAGGAUCUGGGGCCCGGGUGGCUUGGACCACAGUGGAAGGACCCUUCCUAUAGGCCAGAAUUUUCCAAUCAGAGGAAUUCAGUUCUACGAUGGUCCCAUCAACAUCCAAAACUGCACCUUCCGAAAGUUCGCAGCCCUGGAGGGCCGGCACACUAGUGCCUUGGCCUUCCGCCUAAACAAUGCCUGGCAAAGCUGCCCCCACAACAAUGUGACCAACAUUGCCUUUGAGGAUGUCCCGAUUACUUCCAGAGUGUUCUUCGGAGAGCCAGGACCCUGGUUCAACCAGCUGGACAUGGAUGGGGACAAGACAUCUGUGUUCCACGAUGUGGACGGCUCUGUGUCGGAGUACCCCGGCUCCUACCUCACUAAGGAUGACAACUGGCUGGUUCGACACCCGGACUGCAUCAACGUCCCAGACUGGAGAGGGGCCAUCUGCAGUGGGCGCUACGCACAGAUGUACAUCCAGGCCUACAAGAGCAGCAACCUGCGCAUGAAGAUCAUCAAGAAUGACUUCCCUAGCCACCCCCUCUACCUGGAGGGGGCCCUCACCAGGAGCACCCACUACCAGCAAUAUCAGCCCGUCAUCACCCUGCAGAAAGGCUAUACCAUCCACUGGGACCAGACAGCCCCAGCGGAGCUUGCCAUCUGGCUCAUCAACUUCAACAAGGGCGACUGGAUCCGAGUGGGGCUCUGCUACCCAAGAGGCACCACCUUUUCCAUCCUUUCGGAUGUUCACAAUCGCCUGCUGAAGCAAACAUCCAAGACCGGGACCUUUGUGAGGACCAUGCAGAUGGACAAGGUGGAGCAGAGCUAUCCAGGCAGGAGCCACUACUACUGGGAUGAGGAUUCUGGGUUGCUCUUCCUGAAGCUAAAAGCCCAGAACGAAAGGGAGAAAUUUGCCUUCUGCUCCAUGAAGGGCUGCGAGAGGAUCAAGAUCAAAGCCCUGAUCCCAAGGAACGCGGGCAUCAGCGAUUGCACGGCCACUGCUUACCCCAGGUUCACCGAGAGGGCCACAGUGGAUGUACCAAUGCCCAAGAAGCUCUUUGGAGCUCAGCUGAAGACAAAGGACCACUUCCUGGAGGUGAAGAUGGAAAGUUCCAGGCAACACUACUUCCACCUGCGGAAUGACGUCGCUUAUAUUGAAGUGGAUGGGAGGAAGUACCCUUGUUCAGAAGAUGGCAUCCAGGUAGUGGUGAUUGAUGGGAACAGAGGUCAUGUGGUGAGCCACGGGAGCUUCAGAAAUGCCAUUCUGCAGGGGAUACCCUGGCAGCUCUUCAACUACGUGGCAGCUGUCCCUGACAAUUCCAUAGUUCUGAUGGCGUCGAAGGGCAGAUACAUCACCAGAGGCCCAUGGACCAGAGUGUUGGAAAAGCUUGGGGCAGACAAAGGUCUCAAGUUGAAAGAAAAAUUGGCCUUCGUCGGCUUCAAAGGCAGCUUUCGACCCACCUGGGUGACCCUGGAGACUGACGAACACAAGGCCAAAAUCUUCCAAGUGGUGCCCAUCCCCGUGGUGAGGAAAAAGAAGUUGUAAGGACAGCUGCCACUGUUACCAUCCCGGGCUGGACUCCUACAGCAGCCGGGGACAGGAUGGCUGGGUCCCCUGGUUUUCAGCCCCACUGGGCUAAGGGACGGAUAUCAAAGACCUUGGUGCUGCCACCUGCCCCUACUCCAGUCGACCUGCAGCACCCGGGCAGCGUUGGCUGACGCUACAACCUCCUUUUGGGUGCUUCUCUCCUGUCUGUGCCUCGUCAGGAGAGGCAUGGGGACCAUACAAAGAGACCUGGGUUGUCCUGGCAGCGAACGGCCACUCGGGCAGGAAUCUGAACCCAGGUAGGCGGUGACCCAGAUGAUGGGACCACUCACAGAUUUCCACAGCCACUUGCAGACACAUUAAGUGGCAGAUGGCGGGGAGGCCAUCUUGACUCCUGUAAUCGAGGAUAGGGCUUCUUGGGAUUAGGAGCUGGCUGCAGACAGAGCUGGCCAGGGUGGCAGACUGUGCUGGAGAAGAGAUGGAGUCCUCUUCUGGAGGGGCUCCCCUUUUGAGAGACUUCAGCUGGCACGCUGGAGUGGGGACUAGGUGGCUACUGGAAGACCUCCCUGGGAUGGCAGAACUCCACAGUGUUUUGCUCUAUGCCUGGAGUCCAGCAGUAGAGGCAAUCUUUGUAGCUGAUGUCUCCGCUGGAAGUGCCCUUGAUACAGGGGAUGGAGAGGUGAGAGCUCACACCUGGGGACCUGGGGUCAGCAGAUGACAGGCAGCCAGGUCUCGGGACACUCUGAUACCAGGCUGAGAGGCCAGAAGGAAGUGACACAGUUGACCAGUGGUAGAUGAGGGGACGUUCACACCACCCAGGAACAUGGGGGAAGGCUUCUUCUGGGCGGCCUGGGUGCUGGCGGGAGUGAAGGACAGAGAUGGUAGAGAGAGAUGAGGUGGCCUCUGGCAUGGCUCAGAGGUGGAAGGCUUUCCUGCCACUACCUGCAGCGUCUGAGUCACUGCAGGUCACCUUUUGCCCUCCACAGCUCACCCACGUAUGGCAGGGUCAGCAGAGAGAAAAGGGCGGAGCUAUGAUGCACAGAACCUAGUUCAGGCUGGUUUCCAGACGGCCCCCUCUGACCCUGAGAGAGGGUGGAGUGUAGUUCACAGAUCUGAGGCUCUCCCACAGGCCUCGGUGCACUUCAGCUAAGAGCUGAGCCAAAGACGAUUCCAGGAUAUCUGAGCAUGCUCACACCACGGUGAAUCUGGGGUGUCAGAGAUGGAGAGGAAGUCCAGAACUUUGCACCUAUAUCUGAGGAGAAUGAGACCCGCGAUGGGAAAGAGCCGCACGGCCGGGUCUGUGAGUCCCAAUCUCAGCACCCACUGCCACAUCACACUGCCUCAACAGCUAGCCCGGGGUGUCCAGUGCUCCUGUGGUAGCUGCUGGAAGGGGGUAUAUCCCGCGCAAGGGGAGAGGUGGGCCAGAUAGAAUGAUCUUCUGUAAAGGGCUUUUUCAUCUUGCUCCCCAGUGCACACUCCACACUCCCCUCUAGGCAGCAGCCCGGCCACCUUCAUCUUCUUCACACUGCCUACCACACUCGGGCAUGGGCUACUCAUGACUGUGGAAUCCUCUUGGUGCUACCUUAUUCCACAGCGGUGCUGGAAUGCCCAAUGGAUAGCAUCAGGAUAUGCCAAUGUGCUUCUGGUGGGCCAAAUUGGCUUUUCAUGGGUGGGGAUCUGAGAGUGGUUGGCUCUGGCCCGGGGUCUCUCAGCUGCUGUGAACCCUGCCUGAGCAAAUAACUCAGACGCCCAGAUGAGUGGAAACCAUCCAUGUUCAAUAAUCUUCUGAGGUAUCGGGGGUUCCCUGGGGUUCAUGAAUGGCAUGAGUCCCCUUUUCUUCCCAACCACAAACUCUUUCAAAGACUUUCUUGGUCCUCUCUGCCCAGUGGUGCCAAGGAGCCUUAGUCCCAGCGUCUACUCUCCAGGUUGAGCCAACUCUUAGGGGGUCUUGCUCACUGAAUAGGUCUUCUAUGCUAGGAGGUGUCUGUGGGUCUCAGCCUCUUAAGACAAGGUUGCUUCAGUGGCUAACAUCACAGGAAAGACCUCUUCUGGGGAGAUGAGUGGGAGGGGGGAAGGAGAUAAAAGUGACCUCAUAUUUUUCUUGUCUAAGUUUCAUUGGAUUUUUAAUGCGAGGGUCUCACACUGUGAACCACUGAAGAUGCGAUCACUUUCAGGUGGCCGUGAAUGUUGAAUGUCUUUGGCUCAGUUCGUUUCCGCAAAUACCUAUUGGAAAGUUCUCCAGGCUGUACAUAUGUUGAGCAGUGCAGGGUUCUGUAGAGAAAGCCUUCUCUCCUAAACCAUUCACCAAGAGUCCAUGUCCAGGCAUUUUCUUGGUAGCACAAAUGUCUUUCUUGCUUAGAAAGUCGCUCUUGUCCUUUCUGUUCAUCAGCACUGCCCUUGAGUCAGGCACCUUGGAUCCAAAGGCUCCUGAAAGGCGCAUCUUCUUCCUGUUGGCUAAAUAGCUGGCCCUUUCUCGGGAAUUGUAUGCACAGCAUGUUUUGUAUGUAAAUGUCCCUUGUAGUUGUCACCAUGAACAAAGGUAUAUUUUCUAUUUAUUUAUUAUGUAUGCACUUCAAGAAGUCGCUGUCAGAGAAGUGAAGAGUCAUCUAAAGUCUUCUGUUAGAGGAUGUCCUUUGGAGCACUGGGAAGGGGUGUGCCCAGAGCCAAGGACAUCAGCUCUGGUUUGGAAAAAAUCCUGCUGUACCAUAUUAAACAUACAAAGGAUGUCA